AUGGGACAGGGCCAGUCAGAGCCGGAAGUGGAGGCCGCCGCCUCCGAGCCCGCCUCCGAGCUGCCGAUGCUGCUGUCAGAUGUCACAAAAGCUGAUGUAGCGCGGCGGCAAGGUCUGACCUACAAGGCAAAGGAGCCUGACAGCUUCGCGGACUUCUCCAUUGUGGACGACACUCCGUCCGACAAGGCGGGCCCGUCUUCACAGGCCCAAGUGCGAGAGCCCAGCGUCGAAAAGAAGGACAGUUUGGAGUCGCGAGGGCGACAGCCAACCGACGCGGAGAAGAAGGUCCUGCGUCAGUUCCGAGAGCACUGGUCGGAGCAGCAGGGCGAGAUUCACCGGGUGGCCAGGCAUCAGGAGCUGAAGGAGUUGUUAGAGCACACGCACGAGCAGAUGCGGACGGGCGGCUUGAAGAUUGACAAAGACUUCCCCUCCAACCGCUACGGCGUGGACACUCGGCUCCCGCACUUUGACAAAGACAAGCAUGUGCCAGUGCUGGCACUGAUCAACCCCUUUGCAGGCGCCAUGGCUGGCUCAGACAUCCUGGCCAUCGCAAGGUGUACACCCUACUAUCAGGACCGGUUCUUCAACAUCAUCGAUGUGGUGAAGGACCAGCGGCGCGGGGGUCUGCUGGACCUGCUGAGGUUAGAGCUCUGCGCUGCGGCGAGGGAGGCCAAGGCGAUGGGCGCACGGCCGCGGAUCAUCUCAGGCGGUGGUGACGGCACGGCCUCCUUCACCCUCUUUAUUCUUUUUGCGGCCCUCCGCGCGGACAACACCCGCGCGGAUGAGGGCCUCAAGGACACCGGCAACGGCUUCAUCUGGACGGAUGAGGAGAUGGCGGAGUCCUUUCCUGCGUUGGCACAGAUGCCCUUAGGUUCUGCCAAUGACUGCGGCCGCACUCUCGGCUGGGGCAGGAAGUACCCUGGCGAUGCGGAGUCCCGCUUCAAGGUAAACUGGAGGAAGCACGCCAGGGACGCUCUCCUGGAGUGGAUCGAGGCCGCCAUCAGCAAAGAGUCGAUGGUGACCAACUUUGACAUUUUUGGCAUCGUGCCAAAGGAGGGCGAGGAGACCUGCAACUUCAAGCUAGCGGAGCUAGGAGGCCAUCGGGGCAUGGACCCCAAAGUCCACCUGGAGGGCGAGAAGCAUCUGGCGAUGAAGGAGGCCGGGCUACCGGUGCCGCUCUUCAUUUGCCUGUACUUCUCGGCUGGCUUCGGCGCCUACAUGACGGCUAGGUUCCAGAUGAACCGCAGGAAGAGCCCCAUCCGGAACAAGGUGGAGUACUUCAGGCAGGCUGCCGGCAUCCUGCUGGAGUCCGUGCCCCCCCAGCUGAACGUGGGCCUUGACAAGGUCCAGAUCUUCUGCGGGAACGAGCGGUACUUCCCCCCACGCAGCGAGGACGGCAGCGGCGGCGAGCGGUACCGCGAAGUCGGUUUCCUGAACAUCAACUGGCAAGCAGGCAUGUUCCAUGGCGCUGAGCGGGCUCCGCUGAUGGGACGCAUGUGCUCGUCACGAGAACCGGCGAGGUUCAAUGAUGGCAUGAUGGACAUGUACCGCGGCAAGUUCAAAAGUGUCUUGAAGAACCCUGGCCUGGUGUACCAGACGGACAAGCGGGAGGAGGGUCUGACAUUAACCUACUCCGGCGAGAAGGGGACGGGCGUCUUUUUUCAGUGGGAUGGAGAGUCUAGAUUUGCGUUCAGCCCAACGGGCGAGGAGUUCCAAAUCCACGUACGGCAGAUGAUGAACAUCCCGGUGGUGCUGGGCCCUAACUACGACCGUCAAGUUGCAGGGGAUCCGGACAACGGCCAGCCGGUGAAAUUCAGCUUUACUGGCAAGUCCGAGGAGGAGCGGCGCCGCUAUGCCAACCGCAUCUUGACGGGCGUCCAGGGUUUGCUGAACAAAGAGCUGCUGGCCAGCAAGGAGGAGAUGCGUGCUGUCGGACUUCAAGAAGAGGACGACUUUUUGUAG